AUGAUUGGACCAUCAGAGAGCGGAAAAACCACCAUAGCUAAUUAUUUAUCGGAAACAAUAAACAUUGAUGAAGCAGGGCCUCCACGACCCACCCAAGGAGUCAGAAUAGUGGAAUUCGAACUGCCUAACGUCAUUGUGAACGGCAAAAGCAGCAAUAUUGAUAUCGAACUAUGGGAUUGUAGCGGUGAUCAUAGAUUUGAAUCUUGUUGGCCUGCAUUGCGAGUAGGGGUACAAGGGACCAUCCUAGUCUGCUCGCCGACAACCGCCCAAGCAGCCACAAGAGAACUCGAGCUCCUUUACAACUACUUCGUAUCCCAACAAAAGCUAUCGGCAAAACAAUGCGUUCUAUUUUAUAACUGUACUAAUGAUAAUGACGAUAUAGAAUCAUUAAACUUAUCUCCAACUUUUUCAAAAGUUUCCCAAGUGGCAAUCAACUUAAAGACUGGAGGUAAUCGACUGAAAAUAGAUUUUUCAAAUUACGUCGCCUCAGUUUUACAAGCAAUAAAUAGAUAA